CUGCAGUUGAAUUCAGUAUGGCAUCAGAAAAGACCACAAAAAAAGAUCUGCUAAAGGCUGAGGAACAGCAGCAAAGCGCUGUCAGUCGGGUAACCAGCUUGCCCUUGUUCAACUCUGCAUUCAACCUGGUCUCAUCUGCCUACAACUAUACCAAGGAGACGCAUCCUUACCUCAGUGGUGUCUGCAAUGUGGCUGAGACUGUGGCUGCAGUUGCAGUAGGUAGUGUGGUUGGUGGGGCUCAGCCCAUCCUGAACCAACUGGAGCCACAAAUUGCACUUGUAAAUGAAUAUGCCUGUAAAGGACUGGAUCAGCUGGAGGAGAACUUGCCUUUUCUUCAACAGCCAGCAGACAAGGUUAUUUCAGACACCAAGCAGCUGGUUUCCACCAAAGUGGUAUCUGCUAUGGAUGCUGCCUGUGAGGCAAAAGAAGCAAUGGCUGAUAAAGUGACCGAAGCUGUGGACCUAACUAAAAAUGUUGUUGGGGACAGUGUCAAGCUGACUAGGUCAGUGGUCACCUCCACUGUUAACAGUGCUGUGGAGGCCGCUCAGGGUGCCAAGGACCUUGUGACGAACAAGGUGACCGAAGCAGUAGACCUCACUAAACAUAUGGUGGAGGACAGUGUUGAACUGACCAAGUCUGCAGUUGCUUCUACUAUUGUCAAUGCUGUGGAGGCUGCCCAAGGUGCCAAGGACCUCAUGACAAACAAGGUGACUGAAGCAGUGGACCUCAGUAAACAUAUUGUGGAGGACACCGUUGGACUGACCAAGUCUGCAGUUGCUUCUACUAUUGUCAAUGCUGUGGAGGCUGCUCAGGGUGCCAAGGACCUCGUGACAAACAAGGUGACAGAGGCGGUGGAUCUCACUAAGCACAUUGUGGAGGACAGUGUUGGACUGACCAAGUCUGCAGUCGCUUCUACUAUUACUGCUGCUGUAGGGGCUGCCCAGGGUGCAAAGGAUCUUGUGACCAACACAGUGACCGAAGCAGUGGACCUAACCAAAGGAGCUGUUCAGGAUGGUGUUGAGAAGACCAAAUCAAUGGUCACUUCUACAGUCAACACAGCUAUGGAUGCUGCAUAUGGCACCAUAGCUAGCAAAAUAAAUACAGCCUUGGAGCAGAGCAGAGAGGCUAUCCAGGGGGGUGUGGAGAUGACUAAUUCAGUGGUGACCAACAGCAUAAGCAAAGCCAAGGCAGUGAGCCAAGCAGUGGCAGGUGGUGUGGAAUCUGUCUUGGGUAUAUCAGAAGAUCUGGUGGAUCACUACCUCCCGAUAACAGAGGAGGAACUAGGUAAACUGGCCACCACUGUCAAGGGAUUUGGUAUGGCUUCUGUGGAGGAGCAGAAACGGCAACGGAGUUACUUUGUGCGGCUGGGUUCCCUCUCUAACAAAGUCCGCCAUCGAGCCUACCAGCACUCUCUGAAUAAACUGCAGCGUGUUAAGCAAAGCACCCAGGAUACUCUCUCACGACUACAGCUGGCAAUAAAACUGAUUGAAUCUGUGAAACAGGAGGUUGGCCAGAAGCUCCUAGAUGGGCAGGAGAAGCUCCAUCAGCUGUGGGUGGACUGGAGCCUGACCCAACCCAAAGGAAACCAAGUUAAAACUGCCUCCCAAGCAGAGGUAGAGUCACGGACUCUAGCUAUGCUGCAUAUCAUCACCCAGCAGCUACAACCUGUUUUUGAGAAUCUGAAAGCCAGCAUCCAAGGCCUGCCCAGCAACAUCCAAGAAGCUGUGUAUCAGGCCACUCGAAAUAUCCACAAGCUCCAUAGUUCUUUUUCCAGUGCUAUGUCUUUCCAGGACCUCUCCAGCACCACCCUGACCCAGAGCCAGGACUGUGUGACAGAAGCCCGAAGGUCCCUAGAUGACCUGUUUGAGUAUGUAACUCAGAACACCCCGCUGAACUGGCUUGUGGGUCCCUUCAGGGCAAGAGCUAAAGUGUCACGGGAUAGCAGAAAGCAGAAGAAAGAUAAGGUGACUGAUAUAAAAUCACCCAUGUUAGAAAAGGCUACAUCCUCAAAGGAAGUGGCUGAGACACCUGAAGAACCAAAGGGAGCAAACAGGAUCCCGGGGGAAGGGUGUGAAGUGCUAGAGAAGCUGGAAGAGAAGGCAGAGAAAGACACAGAGGUGGCACUGGCUAUCUCCCUGAAUCCUUAUGUUUCAACGCUGACGCUUUACAGAG